AUAAAACUCCGCAAUUCCUCUCUGGACGGAAGACCUUCAGACAUACACCAAGCACUAUCAUCAGCCCUUAUUCGGUAUUGCACACGAUCGAUUUGACAUCCGUCGAACAAGCGAGAGAAGAGUCUUGAGGUGGGUGAUUCGUCUCCCCGGGACCAUGUCCCGGUUUGAUCGAGCGUCAACUGACCACAUCGAGCAGCGAUUUCACAUCACGAUGAAGCCGUCUCAAUACCUGCUCUCUGCCAUGAUGCUUUUCUUGCCACCGGCCUUGGCCCUCGAGAAAAAGUGCGGAGGGAAGGGGAACGUCUGCUAUUACGACGGCGGAAAGUCGUGCAAAACAUUGUCCACCACCCCGUUCAGAUUCAAAAACCAUCAUGAUGGAGAUCGCUGCUACGACAGGGUUCUUUAUUGGGACUGUGAAUGCCGGUACGCUGAUGCGGACAUUCACUGCGAUGCGACAUGCCCCUAAGUCUGUACCGACAUCACCAUCUCCGUGCUCCGUCACCAGCACGACAACACAACACUCUCAACACCGACUUCACCUUCAACACCUCCGUGCUCCGUCACCAGCACGACAAAAGGUUCAGGCGUCAGACCUUCCAGACUGACCCG